UGCCCCGAGAUGAUGGCACUGCUGCUCUUCUCUGCCCUGCUGUGUGGCCAGGCUGGAGCCUGGGGCUUCAGGGACGGCGUGCUGCACAACUCCAUCUGGCUAGAGCGGGCGGCCGGGGUGUACCACCGCGAGGCGCGCUCCGGCAAGUACCGGCUGACCUUCGCCGAGGCGCGCGCCGUGUGCGAGUACGAGGGAGGACACCUGGCCACGCUCCAGCAGCUGGAGGCAGCUCGGAAAAUAGGUUUCCACGUGUGUGCUGCUGGCUGGAUGGCCAAGGGCAGAGUUGGCUAUCCCAUAGUAAAAGCUGGAGCCAACUGUGGCUUUGGCAAGACUGGGAUUGUUGAUUAUGGAAUUCGCCUCAACAGGAGCGAGAGAUGGGACGCCUACUGCUACAACCCCAACGGAAAGGAGUGCGGCGGAGUCUUCACGGAUUCCAAGCACGUUUUCAAGUCUCCGGGCUACCCGAACGAGUACGAGAACGAGCAGGUGUGCUACUGGCACAUCCGCGUCAGGUACGGGCAGAGGAUCCACCUGCAGUUCCUGGAGUUUGACGUGGAGGAGGACACUGCCUGCCUGGCUGACUUCCUGGAGGUCUACGACAGCUACGACGACGUCAACGGCUUUGUGGGCAGGUUUUGUGGAGAUGAGUUGCCAGAUGACAUCAUCAGCACAGGGAACGUGAUGACGCUGAAGUUCCUGACGGACGCCUCGGUGACCGCGGGGGGGUUCCAGAUCCGCUACUCCAGCCUGGACCCGCCCGCCCAGCCCAAAAACGCCUCAGCCCAGGCCAAGAGCAGCUUCCAGGCUGGAAAAUUUGGGAUUAUGUGAGCACAGCAGCAGGCACACAAAGCGGCUCCAGACUGAACAUUAUUCUGGUUUUUCCUGACAUUUUUUUCAUUUUUUUCGGACAUUUUUUUCAUCUCUUUCUGACGUUUUUUUCUUCUCUUUCUGACAUUUUUUCAUCUCUUUCUGAGAUUUUUUUCAUCUCUUUCUGGGUUUUUUUCAUCUCUCUCUGAGUUUUUUCAUUUCUCUAUCCGAGUGCUUCUCUUUGGCUUUUCUAUGUUUCAGUAAUAAACGACACUAGGGAAUAAAUUAUAAAAUAUACUUACAUGGAUAACAGAGAAUUAUUUUUAGAAUACAAGUACUGUAAAAAUCUGAAGAAUUCAUUGCUACCAAAGACUUUAAUUUUUUAAAUAUAAUAUAAACUGCUCUUUCACCUCAUUUCUUUCACCACUUGAAUGAACUUUUUGUGUGUCUGUCCUGAUUAUUUUUAAGCUUUACAGGCUCCUCUCUCCUUAUUCCCCUUGAUUUCUACAUAUUUAUUUUUUAGACUGUUGCUUUUUCCCCCUGUUCCCUGCACAUUAUUAUUUUUUAAAUUAACUGAUUGUCUUGAACUGGAAGGGCCUUCAGUGUAAGGUUAUUUUUUGAGACACAAAAAUUCAUCUUGUGGAUGGCCUGGCAGCCACCAGGUGAAGAUUGGGGAGCAGCACGGAGAGCACAGGACCAGCUGGAUCCACAUUUUCAUUUUCUUGUCAGAUCCGUGGGUUCUGUCAGGGUUUCCUCAUCCAGAGAAUGAAAUCCUUUCAAAAGAAUUAAAGGAAUGACUUGGGAAAGAGAAUAAAAGUGCUGAGAGGAAGCAGCAGGAGGAACUUCUCACCAAGCACCUUCAGAAGACACCACCGAGGUGCUGGACCUUGUUUACACUGUUCUAGUUGAAAUUGCUGAAUUUAAAUACUUUCAGACUGUUCCAGUUGAAAUUACUGAA